CACCCCUAAAGUGGAGUCUUUUACACGCACACUGUUGCGCCGCGCUCUUCUCUACUUGACGUUUGACUGUCAAAACAUCAUCUGGCUGUGAUCGUCGUCGGUUUGCACACUCCGUUUGCAAAAAAGCUCCCAAACCCGAAGAAAAUAUGGCCAGCCGAGAAGCCGUUCGCCGGGCCGUGCAGAACGUCCGCCCGAUCCUGUCGGUGGACCGGGAAGAAGCCCGCAAACGUGUGCUGAACCUGUACAAGGCCUGGUACCGCCAGAUUCCCUAUAUCGUGAUGGACUACGACAUCCCGAAGUCAGUGGAGCAGUGCCGCGAGAAGCUCCGGGAGGAGUUCCUCAAGCACAAAAACGUGACGGACAUUCGGGUGAUCGAUAUGCUUGUGAUUAAGGGUCAAAUGGAGCUGAAGGAAUCGGUGUCGAUUUGGAAACAGAAGGGUCACAUCAUGCGCUACUGGAAAGAAAGCGUUGAGCCCAAGCCAACCGAUUUCCUGUCGAAAUUUUUGUCCGGCCAUAACUAGAGAGAAGGCAGGCACGCUAUAAAUACGCACCGGGUAGUCUCCUGGACCUCCCUAGUGGACUAGUGGCAUGUGAAGAAUGACGCGGUUUUUGAUGAGAUAUGUUAAGUAGUUGGAAUAAAAAAGUACUACGAA